AUGUCCGUCGAGAACGCGCGGUCCUUCGCCUCCCGCCACCGUGACAUCCUCUCCGCCGUGUCGGCGGCCGACGUCAACCUGGCAUGCGGCGCAGGAGAUGCUCCGCCCGCGCCGACGCCAAGCCCUCCUUCACGCGAGCCCUCCGCAGACAACGCCGACCGCACCGACGCGACUCGUGGCAUCGUGGACAUGUCAGCCUUCCUGGACGCCCUGGACAACCCCCUCCUACUUCGCAACAUCGGCAUAGGUCGUGACAGCAACGACAACGACCAACCUCCCAGCGCCUCCUCGUCUUGCCCUUCCGUACCAUAG